AUUGACAUAGGGAUUCGCAUGUUCGAGGUUGUUUAAAAUUAUUAAAAUGGCGCGAUCUAGAUUUCCUGGCAGACCCGGUCAAAGGGUUGGUCGUAAUUACGUGACAAUUUUUCCACAUGAUACGAAAUUGCACUUAGAUUUGUCCGUAGUUAGACCUGUAUCAAGUAGGAUUGAAAAAGGAUUAGAUAACUUCUAUGAACUGUUUGGAACGUCAGAUGAGGAAGGAGAAUUUGAUGGAUUCAGUAUUGAGGAACAGCAAAGAACUGAAGUUCAGAAUAAGAGAAAAAAGGUAACAUUACUCAGCAUUGAUCCACAUGGUACAGGUAGUAUCAUUGAUCAACAUCGUCACCUGUGUCAACUACAGAAAACAUGUGGGUCAUCAUGUUCAUUGUCAGAAACCUCACAUUUAUCAAGGGGACGUUUGGGUAUGAGGCAUUUAGUAAGAAAAUCAUACGACAAAAUGUUAAAAGAAGGGUUUUGCAAAUCAUAUAAUGUGCUAGAAGCAAACAUAGGAUUUAAAAGCAGGACUCAAUAUCAGUUUGUGGUUAGUAGUAACCAGAUUUGUUCAGAGAGCGACAGCAGGAGUGUUAAACUUACUGCUUUAUCUAAUGAAGGAGGUGAAAAAUUAUCAAUAUGUAAAACACUUCCUAAAAAAAAAUCUCAGAAAAAAUAUUCUGGAAACAUAUUUGCAAAGAGACUAUUAAAUAGAACAAAAAAGAGUCAGCUACCAGUGCCCAGCUCAAGCAAAAAACGUGAUUUAUUACAAUCCUACAAGACAAUAAUGCAGUCUAGUAGUUUGAAAAGGGAAAAAGAUAAAACUGCAUCUAGAAUGUUAAGUCAUAAAGAAAAACUUAAACAAAACCAUGACGUAAAAGUACAAAAAGACAACCAUAAUUCUGUUUUAUUUUCUAAUGAAAAGAAAUUUGGUGAUAAAAAAUCAUUGGAAAAUGUUCAUAAAAAGAACAACUUAUCAGUUUCUCAUGUUUUAGAAGACCAUUCUGCCUGCUUUAGAAAACAGUUUACAAUUCCAUCAGUUAGCUGCAACUCUUCAAGAAAAAUAUUUCCAAGAAAAAGUUUUUUGGAUGAUUAUGAUUCACCGUUUCAGUAUACAGAAAGCAAAAUAGAAAAAAAUAGGAAUAAGGAACUGUCAAAGAAAUGUAACUCUAAAACAUUUAUAUCAGGUGCUAAAAUAACUGAAGAGGUUGAUAGUUCUAAGAAGAUUGGGUUGCUUGACCAACCAUUGGUGCUUGAGGGGAAAAGACCAUGGAAACCAAGUCUAAAGAUUCAAAUGAAACUAUCUGAAAUGAACUGUAAUUCUUCUUUUACAUUAAAGAAGUCUGAGGAUGAUAAUUUGGAAAAUUAUGCAGGUUCAUUCAUGCAUAUAAAACGAGAAAUGGUCAGUAAGUGUACAGAUAUUAUGGCAAAGAAGAGGAGAGAAGAGGCUAAGUUGUUUGUUCAUCAGACUGAAAAUCAAAAACCCUUUAAAGAAAAAUCUGAAAAACAAGUCAGACCUUCAUUUGUUUUACCAGUGAAUGAAGAUAGCAAUAUCAACAACGUAAUGGAGAGUCAAGAAAAUAAACUGGAAGAUAAGGCUACAGAAAAAAUUGAGAAGAUUUUGAAAUCAUCCAGUGAUAGAAUUUCUGAUGAGCCUUAUCUUAUUUCCUCUGUGCAGUCAUUUAAGGAGACAUCAACAGGUUUGAUUAAUUUGACUUCUUCUGGGCAGGGGAUAAAAGCUCCAUGUAAGGUGACAAAAGGGAUAUUGCAAAAAGCACGUUUACAGUUCAACAAAAGGACAGUAAUGAAGUUGAGAAAAUCGCAUAGAAUUAAAAAAGCUAGUCAGAAGAUUGAAACAGAGAAUAUAGUUCCAAAAUAUUCAUCUAGCAUGACAUCCUCAGCUUUAACCUCUUUGGAAGGUCAUAACAUCUCAAAUUCAUCAGAAGGUGUGUCCAGAUCUGGUGUAUUACCUAAUUUGGUUUAUUCAGAAGUGGGAUCUUUAAAACAAUUUUCUUCAGAUUCAUCAGUAUCUUCAGUAUUUUUGUCUGGUGGAAACCCACAGGAUUCUUCUUUCACCUUUGAAUCUACUCAUUCUACAUACCCCCUUGUGUUGCCAUAUUCGGACUCUGUUGAAUCUUCAAAGUUGGCUGUGAAUGACUCAAUACAAUCAAGCACAUUAAUUCCGAAUGGUAUUUCUACUAUGCUGCUAGCUUCUGGUACACAUGGGAUAUCAAAUGAUGGUCCAUUAGAGCUCUUUAAUAAUGCUAACGACCCAACAGAAGUAAAUCCUAAUGAGGGGGUUCGAAGUGGUCGGGCAGGAACUAUCACUUGUGUUAUAUGUGGACUUGUAAAAUCUUACUCUCGAGUUCAAAGAAGAUUUAACCAAUUUAGCUGUGAAUCAUGUAGCAAGUUUUUUAUAAGUUUUAUCAAGAAGCCAAAACAGUAUUAUUGUUCAGAACAAGGUUGCUGUCCAAUUCUUCCCCGCUCUCAGUUACCUGUUGGAGUCAAAGUAAGUGUCCAGUGCAAACUUCGUGCUCUAGAGUCAAGGUGUAGAGCAUGUUGGUUGAGGGCUUGCUGCAAAAAGUUCUUUGUCACAAAAAGGAUUAAAGAAGAUAUCCUGAGACAUGUACCCAGAGUUGAAAGCACUGAAAAAUCCAUGUUAACAGCGAGGCAAAUAAAUGUUGUAGAACCUAAGAAACUCGAGAACUCACAUUUAAAGAAUAUCGCAAAAGGAAAAGUGAAGCAGGCUCAGAGGCUCAACAGACUUUCUCUUGUGAAACAAAAAAUAUUAAAAAAUAAAAAGUUGAGUAAAACUAAUAUUGUUGAAAAAAAAAUACCAACCUACAAAUCUCCAAGAAAAGGAAAAAACUUAAAAAUACAGCAUAAACCUGGACAAGAUGGUGUAGCUACCUGUAUGAAAGCAAGAGUAAAAACAAACUUGAAUAAAAUCACAAAUGGGGUGAAAAGACAGAUAAUAAGGAAACGUAAAUCAAAGAGUUCUGUUGAAACUUCAGACAAUGUGCAGAUUGUGUCUUCAAGUAAACUGAUUGAGAGUGUCUGUAAAACUAAACUUAGUGAUUUGCCAAGGCUUGAAGAAGAUUGUUUUUCUAAGCAGACUGAAGGAAGUGCUAUUCAUGAAAUGAAAGAAAAUGAUUAUUUUAUUAAACCUGUUGGCAAUGGGUCUAAGCAAAAGAGGAAAACAUAUUCAGAACGAGAAGUUAUAGUGAGAAAAGGUCCAAGAACCAAACAUGUUUGUCGAAGAGCAGCAGUUGCAUUAGGUUUGAAGCAAGCAAAAUUUCCAACAAAUGAGAAAAAAACGAAAAAAACUGAGCAUACUUUGAAAUCUCGAGAAGUUAUAGCAAGGAAAGGACCAAGAAUCAAACAUGUCUGUCGCAGAGCAGCUGUUGCAUUGGGCUUGAAGCAGGCUAAGUUCCCAGUGGGCAAGGAGAAGAAACAGUUUAGUUUAAGUGCAUUGCCUGUUGACGAGAAGGAAAAAGUUGUAGAAAGUGAGGCACAACAGAGAGUUUCAGACCAAGAUGGCUUGGGCUCACUGGAAGUCAACAGUCAAUCAUUUAGUAAUGCAGGGAAGUAUUAUUUAGAGGGGAUUAUCAAAGAAAAGCUAAAGAAUAAUAGAAAAGUGCCCUUAUCUUCUAAAAAGAUCAAUAAAAUUCCUUAUAAAACUAAAGUUUCGAACCAAUUGACCAAGAAGUGUGUCCAGCAGUCAGAUCGUGUGAGGAAGGUUAGGUGUAAGAAUUGUGAAGGCUGUCUUGCAGAAGAAUGUGGAAGGUGUAGUUAUUGCCUUGAUAAGAAGAAAUUUGGUGGACCAAACAUCAUCAAGCAAGCUUGCAAGUAUCGACGCUGCGUAAGACCCCAGAUGCCUACUUUAAAUAGUAUUGUCAAAGGAUCACCAGAUGAUAGAAAUCUUGACUACAUGGAUGAAUAUGGAGAAUGUAGUAUUUUUUCAACAGUUGGCUCGGCUCUUUUACCUUCAUGUUCUCCAGGCUCCGCUCAAAGUGACUACAAUGACAAUAGAAAUAAUAGCAUCUAUAACAAUGAAGAAGAAUGUGAUUUGGCAGAUACUUCUGCUUUUACAAUUGACUGUGAUAUUCUAAGUAAUGAAAUACAGCCUUCCAGUUCUGCCUUCGAUAAUGCUCAAGUGAUAGAAAGCAAUUCUGUUACAGAUUUAACUUGUGAAACAGUCAUCUAUGAUGAUGUUGUUUGGUCAGACUUUGAUCCAUCCCUCGGUUCAUGCAUUGUUGUGAUCUCACCUCUCUAAGGAUGUUCCAUCUACAGCAGCAAAGAUGAUUUUUCUCUCCUUAUAUUUACUAGUCAUACUCUUGACAAAUUCAACCCAAUUCUGUUGUGCCAAUAUCCAAAACAUAACUUUUGUCUCAGGUAAAAUGAUCUAGUGAUUAAACUGUAGUGUUUUUGAGACAGUGAAAUUGAAUGUCUUCUCAGCCAGGAUUAUCCUAUGACCAAGUUUGGUCAUGCUGCUAAUGUACAGAGGAGGAUAGCUUCAUCUCAGGAUAAGUCAUGAGAUGUUACAUUGAUUCCAGAACACAGUGUUUGGACCUCAUAUAAAUAUUGUGGGUAAGAAGUAUUUUAUUUAGGAAAGCUAGUUAUGUAAGUGGUUUUUGCUGUAGACAGUAAAUUUGGAUGUCAUUCUUAUUAUAAGAAAAACCAAACUUGUCUUGUUUGGACUAGAUAAAAUAAUGUAAAUUUUUAACUAUCCAUGUUGUUAUAGUAUUAUGAAAGAAAUGAAUAUUUGAUUAAAUUGUAGCAAUAUAUUAACUUAUUAGGUCUUCAAGAAAUGAAUGUCGCUUUUUUUUUAGAUGAAAAAACCUGAACAACUUAUAUAUAUAUCAAAAGAAAACAUUUAUUAAUGGUGCUUUUCCAACUUACAGUCAGGUUUUGAAGUAAAAAACAUGACCUCUUUACCACCUUCCACAUUUACAUACGUUUUCCCAUUAAGAUGGUGUUGUAGCAAUUGAAAAAGGUGGUAAUCUAAUGGUGCCAUAGCUGGAGAAUAUGGUGGGUGGGGGAGAACUUUCCAAUCCAACUCCAUAAUCUUGUGUCGUGGAGAAGAAGAACAUCUUUCCUAUUGACGAGCGAGGGGCGUUUCUGAUUAAGGGCUUGAUUUAAAUGUUCCAGUUAUUGACAGUUUGCUGUGGAUUGAGGAGUUUGAAA